GACGUGGAUCCCACCGAGAGCGGACUGUCCGCGGAGCUGGAGCAGAAGUACCAGCAGACCGCGAAGCGGCUGCAGGACCAGCUCGCCGCCGAGCAGCGCACCGUGGCCAAGCUGCGCGCCGCCGCCGACCGGAGCUUCCAGGAGCCCUCGCGGCUGGAGUCUUACUUCGUGGAGUGCGUCGACCACCUCAAGGCGGGCGUCGUCGAGCGCAAGAAGGCGGCCAGCCUGCACAACCCCGGGCCAAAGGCGCGGCAUCGGCAGAGCGAGACCCAGACGCAGCCUGCGCCCGCGGUGAAGGAGGUCACCAUCGACGACCUCACGGCGGCGGACCGGCGGCAGCUGGUUGACCUUCUGCUGGACAACGACGAGGUCAUCGAUCUCAUCCUUCAGAAGUCGCAGGGCCAGUGA